AUGGCUGCUGCACCUAAUCCUAUCUUUGCCCCUGGACAUCAAUUUGUUUGUACCUUCGGCCUUCACCCUGUGGAAGCCACAGUUUUGAGAAUUGUAGAGAAAGACGGAAUUAUUUGUUACAAUGUUCGCUUUGGGACAAAUCCCAGAAAACAAGUAGUAGAGGAUCAAAUCCUACGAUUUGAUAGUCAAAGAAUUUUGAACAUGACUUGGGCAGAAUUAAAAGAAAUGAGAAGACAAGCCGCAGUGCCAGUUGAGGAGGAAAGGCCAAGAUUCGCAAUCGGCGAAAACUGUUUUUGCAUGCACGAUGGAACACGAUAUCGUGCAAAAAUUGUUGGCGUGCAAGAAGUGGAAGGACGGCGCCACGUUAUGGUUCAUUAUGUUGGAUAUAACCGCCGUCAUGACGAAAAGAUUCCAGAGGAUUCACCUCGAUUGAUGAGUGCUUAA